AUGGCUUCAUCCAGUGGUGGUGUGCCUCCAGGAUUCCGAUUCCACCCAACCGACGAAGAGCUGCUUCACUACUACCUCAAGAAGAAGAUUUCCUUUCAGAAGUUUGAUAUGGACGUCAUUAGAGAGGUGGACUUGAAUAAGAUGGAGCCUUGGGACUUGCAAGAGAGAUGCAAGAUUGGGUCGACGCCGCAAAACGAGUGGUACUUCUUCAGUCACAAGGACAGGAAGUACCCGACAGGAUCAAGGACGAAUAGAGCAACAAAUGCUGGGUUCUGGAAGGCAACAGGGAGGGACAAGUGCAUUAGGAACACCUACAAGAAGAUUGGCAUGAGGAAAACGCUUGUUUUCUACAGAGGGAGAGCUCCACAUGGCCAGAAGACUGACUGGAUCAUGCAUGAGUACCGCCUUGAAGAUGGCGAUGAUCCUCAAGGAAACUCCACUGAAGAUGGGUGGGUGAUUUGCAGGGUGUUCAAGAAGAAGAAUCUAUUCAAGGUUGGGAAUGAAGGAGGGUCAAGCAUAAACUCGGAUCAGCAGCUCAGCAACACAUUAAGCAGCAAUCAAGCUCGCACGUUCAUGCACAGGGACAGCCAAUACCUACCACGCCAACAACACAACAGUGGCGGCAACCAACCAACCUUUGAGCCUGAGCUAGCACUCCACCACUACUCCCACAUGCCUGCAGCCUCCCAAUACUCACUUUUCCAAUCCCAGGCGCCCCUUCUUCCGACCCACAAGCCCCUCGGCUAUGACUACUCGACUGGCCUCCCUUCCGAGCCGCCCCUUAUGGUCAAGCAGCUCAUGUCGAACCCGAGAGACUGUGAGAGUGGCAGUGAAAACCUCCGAUACCAAGCUUGUGAGCCGGGCUUGGAGGUGGGCACGUGUGAGCCGGCUCAACAAAUGGUUACGGCUGGGAGAUCAGAUGAAGGGAUGAACGAAUGGGCUAUGCUCAAUCGGCUUGUCACUUCUCAGCUUGGAAAUGAAGACCCGUCCAAAGGGAUGAGGUUCGAGGAUGCAAACACGUCGUCUGUGCCCCAAAUUAGUCAGCUCUCAUUGCGCGGAGAGAUGGACUUUUGGGGCUAUGGGAAAUAG